AUGGUUUAUUCAUAUAUUAUCGAAAUAUUUUUAAAGGAUUUUUUUUCCUUAUUAUUAUUUUUUUUAAUUUAUAUAUUUUUUUUUAUUUUUUAUAAAAUGAAAAAAUUUUUUUUUUCAAGUUUGGAAAAACAGACACAAACAGAAGAUCUCAUUGUAGAAAUUAAUUUAAAUCAAGUCAACACCCAAAAAGAUGGAUAUGAAAGUGUUUUUAAAGGCUCGAAAGAAAUUGUCAAAUCAGGGAAGAUGAGUAUUUCAAGUAUUGAAACAAUAUAUCCUUAUUUAUCAGGUGAUAAAAAAGAAGGAGAGCAAUGUCUGAAUUAUAUUAAUGAUAAAAAAAAUUCUAAUUUUUUAAAAAAAAUUGAACAAAAUGAUAAUACUAAUACGGUUUGUAAAAAAGUAACAAUGAAUAAUGAUACUAAUACAUGUUUAAAAAAUGUAUUUGAAAAUAGUAAGAUGGGUGAUGUAAAUUAUAUGGAUGAAAGUAAAUCAAAAGAAAUUGAAAUGAAGCAGACACAAGAGGUUGUCCCUGAAAAGGUUGAAGAAUCAAAUGGAGUUGAAAAAAAAAAUGAUCAAACACAAAAUUGUAAAGGGGAAGAAGUAAAAAAUGGAGAAAACCUUUGUAGCAUAGAAAGUGAAAUUAAUGAAAAAGACAAAAAUGUUUCAUUAGGUGAAAGUAUUGAAGAAAACAAAUUAAAUUUUGAAAAUUAUAAAUCUAUCCCAUUUAUAGAUGAUAGAAAAAAAGUCAUAAUAAACGACACAGAACAUAAAGAUAAUAAUAUAUGUGAUAACUUUAGCUAUUUAAACAAUAUAUUAGAAAAGAAAUAUAAAGAGUAUAUUGAUUUAGAUGGUUCGGAGUAUGUUUAUAUUUACGAUAUAUGCACAAAAAGUGAAAAUUGCCAACACUGUCAAAGCAGUAAGAUAAUCAGAUUGGAUAGUAAAAGUAUUUAUUUAAACUUUUUCAACAAUUUUUCAAAUAAAAUUAUUAAGAUAAAAAAGAUGUUUUCAACUGAUGAGAUGGGAGAUUUGCCUGGCCCACAUUUUGGCACCAGGGAAUCGGAGGACUCCAACUUAGAAACGGUUUUAAAUAAUAAACAUGAAAAAAUAGUUAGCAAAAUGGAUAGCAAAAUGGAUAGUAAAAUGGAUAGAAAAAUGGAUAGAAAAAUGGAUAGUAAAAUACACGAGUGUGACAUGCAAACAACAAGUGGCUCUGCCCAAUCCGAGACUUCCAGUAAUACAGAUUGUGAUAAUGUCAAAAAAUCGAAAUUUAUAGACAAACUUAAUUACAUUUUUUAUACAGUUAUAAAAAAUAAUAAUAGUGACAAAAAUGAUAGUGAUAAUUGUGAAGGAGAUGUAAAAAUGAUGUCAAAUAAUGUACUAGACAAAUUCGUUAAUCAGAAAAGUAUAAAAAAAUAUGAACUAACAAGAAUUAAUAUGGAUAAGCUAAUUAGUAAUAUGAAGUUGUAUAUUAAUAAACGAGUUUUUGAAACAGAUAUAUAUGAUAUUGAAAUAAAAAAAAGAGGAUAUAUACAUAUAUAUAUAGAUAAUGGUUGUUGGAAACAAUUUUAUUGUAUUCUUUUAUAUUUAAACAAUAAUUCAAUCUAUAAAGAUAAUUUAAUUUUAAAACAUUAUUGUAAAAUAUAUGAAGGAGAAUAUUUAUAUAGUAAUUAUAAUAAUUCAGACUGGUAUACAAAUUGUUUUUUAGUUUUUUUCAACGAUAAUAAUUUUGAACUUGAAAAAAAAAAUAAUAUAGAUCUAUCCAUAUUAAUAAGAAAGAAUAUGUAUGACUUUAUUUUUGAAAUUUCUAACAAUAACAAGGUUGAUAUAAUAAAUAAUAUAAAUUGCAAAUUAUCUGAAGAGAUAAAUAAAUGUAUAAUCAUCUAUGAUAUAUAUUCGAUGCCAUAUUAUUUUAUACCAUUUGAUUAUGUUUCAGCAAAUUCAGUUUAUGCACAAAAUUUUGACACACCAAUCUUAAACGAAGAAUGUAAAAGUUUAACUAAUUUAAAGUUAGACAGUUUUAUUUAUCCCGAAAAUAUUUUAAAUAAUUGGAUUUAUUGUAUAAAUAUGUUAAUACACAAAUAUAUAAAAAAUGAUUCUAUAAAUAUAAAUAACAAUAAACCAAUAAAAAAAGUAAAUUAUGUAAACAAAAAAUUUAAUCAAUGGAUUGAAGUAUUUAAACAAGAAAGAAAUAUAAAAAGAUGUGGAAAAAUUUGUUAA